AUGAGCGUCGAAAAGGGGAGCGACAUUGCCACAGACAGCAAGCAUAUACUUGAAGAUGGUGCGAGCGUCCGCAUUGAGGAACAAACGGCCACCACCGCAGUGUUUGGAGAGGCAGUUGAUCUAUAUGGGAAUGUUGCGACGGCUAAAGAGCUCGGAUAUGUCCAAAGAGGUCUCAAGUCCCGCCAUCUUCAGCUCAUGGCGCUCGGAGGGGCCAUCGGCACUGCUUUAUUCCUCGGUAUCGGUGGAGCUUUAGCGCAGUCAGGCCCUCUUUCGGUCAUCCUCGGAUAUUCCAUCACCGGAGCGGCCGUCUAUGCCAUGAUGAUGUGCUUGGUGGAAAUGACGACCUGGUUACCUCUCCCUGGAGCCAUUCCUCAGUACUGCUCUCGCUACGUCGACCCGGCUACGGGCUUUGCAGUAGGUUGGAACAACUGGUAUCCCUCCGCACUCGCUAUUUGCACCGAAAUAUCCGCCACCGCUGUACUGGUACAGUUCUGGAACGACGAAAUCAACCCUGCCGCGUGGAUCAGCAUCAUCAUCGUGGUCGCUGUCUCUUUGAACAUCUUCGCCGUGUCCAUAUAUGGCGAAGCCGAGUUUAUCUUUGCAGCUAUAAAGAUUGUGACAAUCGUUGGUCUCUUGAUCACGGCCUUCAUUGAGGACCUUGGUGGCAGCCCUGCUGGUGAUCGUUUUGGCUUCCGAUAUUGGUACAAUCCUGGCCCAGCAAUGAAAGAGGUUGUGGCAAGUGGCAACACAGGCCGCUUCCUAGGCCUGUUGUCCACUCUCAUGUACGCCGCCUUCUCGUAUGGCGGCGUUGAAAUGAUGGCAGUGGCGGCCGGUGAGGCCGUCGACCCUCGUAAGAAUGUUCCCAAGACCGUCAAGCGGAUCUUCUGGCGGAUCGUGAUAUUCUACGUGUUCAGAGCCCUCGCGAUCAGCGUGCUUGUCCCCUUCAACGACCCGGAGCUCGGGAGCGUCCCGCCAUGGGUCAUUGCCGUUCAACCUACACACGGCAUGACCGGGCCAGUCCCACCGGUGGAGCCAAGCGAGUCGCUGGACAACGAGAUCGACCCCAUGUUCCGACGAAGCAACUGGCGCCUCGGCGUUAAUGAAGUAAAUGUGACGGACGAGUUAGACGGGCCUAUCUUCACAAACGACGUAGCUAGCGAAGCGGAGUUGGACAUCUUGUGGAAGAUGAUGCUUCUCUCGUUCCGUCUCGCAACAAAGCUCAUCCGGCACGAGGGGCUACAGGAAUUCUGA